UGUGUGUGUGUGUGUGUGUGUGUGUGUGUGUGUGUGUGUGCCUGUUGUCUGUGCUCUAAGGCUGUGUUUCCACAACCAAUAAACAAACUGUUUUAAUGAGAUUCCUGGAAGUAUUGCCCCUACAACUGUGUAAUUGUAUCCACCCACUGACGUGCUUGGAGGGUUGCUUCCAUAGAAUAUGUUUUGUGUACAAUAUAACAUAAAUAUAAAAAGUAUGUGUUUACUGUUUUGCAGUUCUUAAACCCACACAUAAGACACCUGUAGAAGGAGAGCUCUUGAUGCAUUAAAUGCAGGUCUUUAUCUGAUGUUAUCUCGUUUAUCUGUAUAUUUCUCUAAAGAUGUUGGACUUUCAAUUGAUGAGUGAAACAUGUUAUCUAUAUACCGUUUAAGUAAAACGAGACUCACGACAACAUGCAGAACCACCAGUGGUAAAGCAGAAUUUAAGGGGCUCCGGGGAUCCAAUUUGAGGCUGCAGGUUCCCUUUGAACUCCCUAUGUCACUUCCCCUCUCCCUUGGGGCACAGAGGAAGUAGGAGCAGAUGUGUUAAGCUAACGGACACUUUGACAACACUGCCAGUCUGUAAGUUCCUCUACCCCCCCCCCACCAACUAUUCCCGGCUUUAACAGAAACCGCCUUUGAUGUACACGGCACCUGUGUGCUUACACGCAGCCCUCGGUUACAGCCAAACACUGUUCUGCCCACCUCUGCCAUCUCGUGUACAAACACUGUCACCGUUGUAUACCUGUGUCACAAAAUACGCCGUGUCUGGCAACAACAUUCUGGCCUGUGAUGUAGCGUGUAGGUGAAAAUAUCUCACCAAACUGUUACAAUCUCUUAGUUCUAGAAACAGAUUCAUGAAUAUUUAUUUUCCAAACUGGACCGUAAACUUGUGAUACUUAAGAUGAUUGUUUCAUGAAUUGACUAUGUACAUUUUAAGAUUCGUGUUGCCCACAUGGGUUAGUAUGAAAUAUGAAUAAUCUGAGAUUAGAAGGGAUUACCUAUCCCUGUGACUGUAGAUGAUAACCAACUGGAAAAAGCAGUAAUUAUGUAUGUCAACAUAUUCGCUAUAUCCAUCAAGAGUAUUAUUAUGAGGUAUUUCUCCCCCUUUGUUCAGCAGUGUGCCGCCACAAACCAUGUUUAUCUUAGGCUUCUUUGUUAUGUAACUGACAUGGUUUAGUUUCUGGAAUGCAAGAAUGUCGACCUCUUGUGGUGUCUUUAACUCAUUACACCAAUCCUCUGCAUGUAUGUUUUCAUUCUGAGGACACACUCCCCCCCCCACCCCCACCUCUGUAUCUAGCACGUGCAGUAAAAUGCGUCUUUGGCACCACUGAUGAAUAUGAUUGGCCCGCUCUGAUCCCAAAACUUCCCUCCAUGUUUUCAGUCUUCAUCAGUCGCUGACACGAGAGACUCACUCACGGGCAUUUGAGAACAUGAUUGUUUAUAAAUCUGAGUCAUUCCUCAGACUGUGGGAGAAGAAAUGCAUGUGACUUUGCAAUCUAAUCUCAAAUGAUUUUGUGUACGAUGUAUACCAGUUUACUCCUCUACUCUUCUAUUUGGGACUAUAUUACCCACAAGAUAAAAAUGUUAAGUUAUUUACGAGCAAGGAUAUUCAGAAAUUGGUUAUAAACUCUUCUUUGCCUCGUGAUGUAUGUUGAAAGUGAGUGGGAGGGAGUAGGUGAGGCAGAGAGAGGGGAGGGGGGGGGGCAGCAGUGUGAGCGUAGCUAUAAAACCGACUUCGAUCUCAAACCAGCUCAGUAGCAGACAGCUGUGCAGGACAAAGCACCUCUCCUGUGUGAGGCUCUGCAACAGACUGAUAAACAGGACAGCGAGUUUUAAUAGCUUUUUUCUGGAAAAUACAUUCAGGAUUAAAAUAGCAGCGAUGACGACAAUGUUCAGAUACUCCGUCUUUCCUCAUCUGCAGGAUCCGUGUGACCCUGGUCUAUCGCUGUCACCAGGGAGGAGUGUCAUGGCGGAGCCCGACUACCUGAACGGAGACUGUGAUGAGCUCAUCAAACCUAAAAAGCUGAUCAACCCAGUCAAGACCUCCCGUAAUCACCAGGACCUGCACCGAGAGUUGCUCAUGAACCAGAAGAGGGGUCUGGCUCCUCAGAACAAACCUGAGCUCCAGAAGGUUCUGGAGAAGAGAAAGAGGGAGCAAGUUCUCAAGGCUCAGAAGGAGGAGCAGGAGGCCCACACGAAGAGGAGCGACCUGGAGAUAGAGCUCAUGAAAAGACAACAGAAACUAGAGCAGCUGGAGCUGGAGCAACAGAAAAAUGAGGACGAACAGGAGAACACCCCUGAGUUUGUGAAAAUGAAGAGCAACCUGCGCAGAACCAAGCAGGAGGCUGACGGGGAAGAACGGACCACCUAAAAACCAGCCGGGGUGUCUAGGUCUGGCUGAUUGUGCGCGUGUUUGAGAACACGAAGACUUCAGGAGAGUGUGUGUGUGUGUGUACAAAGGAGAGAGAGAGUGUUGUCUGGUGCACGGCGGUGACCUAACCGCGGUCCAAGAUGCACUUCCUGGCUUUCCCAACCUAGCUGUUCCUUCCCGCAGUGAGGAGAGACUUUACAGACUAAAGACCCCCCUCUGCUUGCCAUGGACCGCCAGUACUCACCUCUGCUCCUCGCACCCAUUCAGCAGCACAGAGCACCCCCUGCAGGAGGGACCUAACACAGACAUGUUUCAUGCUAAACGCCUUCCAAUGAGGGUGAACAAGCUUCCAAUGAGCUCUGAUGGAGAAAACAAACACACACACACAGACACACAGGAGUUUUCAUCCCCUCUGUUUUCACUCCUCUCUCCACAGCAAGCUGUCGUUUCUCUUUACUGUUAUCAAUGUUGUUACCGUUGUUGUUGUUGUUUUUGUUCUCAUCUUCAGAAUCAAAUAAGGAAAAGUGGACACUGGAUGGACUCUUGAAGCUGUGUAAUGUAAAAGCCAAACAAAUGUGCUUUUGUUAUUUAUGUUUGUAGCUUUUAGCCCAGGUAUAGGGGAGGACACUUUUAGUCUUUCUGUAUUUUAGUUUGUUUUACAGCAUAGUUUAUGAAGCCAGAACAGGACAAAGGGAGUGUAUGGUUGUGUGGAACACUCGCGUUUGCUAUAUUGUUUUUAUUUUUUAUUCCAAACAUGCCAUUUCCUCAGCUAAUGCAAUUUUGAGCAAUAGUAGAACUCCCAGGCAUGAGAGUGACCUUUUCUUUAUAUAUUCUGUUGUUUUGUAUAAAUAAAAGUGUUACUUAAUAAAUAAUUUAAGUUCUUGUUAGGGUGGUCUAUAAGAAUAAGCCUUGAAUCCUGUCUGAUCAGUCUUUGUGUGAUUUUAUGAGUAAAGGACUUGAUGGGACAUGUACACAUGUAGGCCACCGGUCACAAAAAGAUAUAAUUAAUCAGUAGUUCUUGGGAUCUCUUCUUCUGGCUCCUGAAACAACUCUGAUAAGAGUCCUGGAACUUAAUCACUGCAGUAUUUUGUUUUUAUAAACAAUGGAGCCAUAGAUGUGCAGACAGAUAUUUGAAGUCAAUGAAUCUGAAUAAAAGUGGCCAUUAACUGCAAAACAAUGUGUGGGUCUCCAAGGGAUGAUAGUUAUUAUUCUAAUGGGAAGAAGCAGAUUUAUGACGACAUAACCCUGUGUUCUUCCUCGGAAUCUUCUUUCAAAUAAACAUGGUUUUAACACUCA